GGAGCCGUUUCGAAUAUAGAAGGGGAUGAUCGAUAUUCGGUUAGCUUCGAAAAGGCUAGACGGGUUUUUCUAGAUGUACCGAGUUUAGCUUCACGACGCUUCGGAAUGCUGUCCGUGCCUUAUCCGUCAUGCCCUCUGUCGCCAUCUGGUUAUCAAUUCGUUAAACACGUGCGUGACAAUGGAGACCCUUUGAUGAAGCUUUUGUGUGCCGCUAUACAAACAAGAAUACAUUUCCAGACGACACUUUGA